AUGGGCAGAAUAUACCAAUCUGCUGAGCUUGUUCUUGUCUGGCUCGGUGACUGCUCGUCAAAAUUAGCUCGAGGUCUUCCCAGCUUAGAAACACUCGCGAAGAAGACCCAAAGUGAACUACCACCACUGCCCAAGUUCAAAGGGCCUGGUGGGGAUUUGCAAGCGGCGGCCACGACCGCACUAGAUCUUUCCUGUCGGCAAUGGUUCAAGCGGAUCUGGGUACUGCAAGAAUACUUUUUAGCAAGGAAAGUCAACUUCCUCUAUGGUAACCAUGAAGUUAGCUUGGGAGCCUUACUGACCGCUUGUAUAUGGGUAUGUCAUGACCCUGGCGCUGUAAUAACACCCGAGCUGCCGUUGAAGGCUGAAUCGAUAGAAGCCCUUGCCCACAUUAAUAACAUCCCCAACUUCUUGUUGGCUCGCCAAGCCAUUGGUCAGGGCCGCAGGUUAACCCUCCGCGAAUGGCUUCAGGCCUGUCGAAGGCGCUAUGCUAAAGAUCCCAGAGAUUUUGUCUUUAGCGGCCUAUCUCUGAUCCACCCUGAGUCAUUGAAUAUAGAUAAUCAGCGUCUUCAGCAGGGAGAUCAUGCUGGCUUUGAAACCCAGGCACCUAUACUGCCGCUCAGGCCCGGUACGCAGACUCACAAAGACAAUCUAUUCACUGCAGAACAUCCCACAGCCACAUUAAAAGCCCCAACGUCAUCACCACUCAUACCCGAGGGCCUAUGGUGUUUCCUCAGGGUUGAUUAUGCAGCCAGCGAAGUCGAGGUACUUAUCAAUGUUGCAGCAUGCCUGCUUUCCCAGAAAGGACAACACAACCUCGAUCUGCUUUCCAUUGCAGCUCGUAGGCCGCCGGAUGACUUUAACGCAAGCAAUUGGUUUUGGCCUCGUGCUCAUCCUAUUCUCCCAUCUUGGGUCCCGGCCUUGGGUUCCAGGGGUUCUCUUGAACAUAGCAGCCUAGCAUCUACAGCAGAAGCAUCAGGUGAUGGUGGCACAGCCUUUGCAGCUGGUAUAUUAGGACAGCCGGGCCCAUCACCUAAGAUCUCUCGCAACGGGAGGACGUUAUUCCUUGAGGCUGCACCCCUUGACACAGUCGAGGAUAUAAUUUUAGAUAAUACUCUUAUGACAGAUGAGUACAUCGACAUCCUAAUUAGGUUCCUUGAAACUAUUGGCGGGAUGCCCCGCACUUACCUCCCAAGCGGUGGGACGAGCUUCGACGCGGUCGCAAUAUCCCUUGCCUCUUCGCUGUUCUUCUCGUUUCCCAGCACCACAGAACUAAACGUCAUUAAGGGCCAAAAUGUUGAACGAAUAUUACUAUCAUCUGUACAUGAGCAGCAUGCGCGUUUCUGGCUUUGCGAGUUUAUCGAGAGUGAGGUGCGCCACUGGGCGACACUUUUACGAAUGACUCGCGACGACUAUGCUUUGGCGCACGGAGUUGAGUGCUCAGGGGCGAAGUGGCCGGAGGAAACUAGUAUAGAACGGCAGAAGAAACUAGAUAGCCUCAUAUCCGCUUACUGGCAGCUGAACGAAAAGUUUGAUGAUCUUCCAUGGUCUAGGACAGCAGAUGAAGGCGUGGCGGCACCAACAGCGGCAACACCGCCCAACGAGACCACGUCCAGUCUAUGGGACCUACUGGAGACCUUCCAGUCUGCUAUUGAUGAGAAAAGAUUUGUUUGGAAAAGGAAGCUGUUGAUCUCUCUCGAGGCGCAGCGAUAUGUUACUGCCUUUUCUCUCGAACUUAAAAGGCGGAGCUUGUUUAUAACGAAAGACGGACUUAUUGGAAUGGGCCCUAGUUGGUUGAGCAAAGGGGAUCGGGUGAUGCUAGUAAGAGAUGCCAUUGUUCCUUACGUGUUUAGGCACGUUGAUGAGGAACUGAGGCACCAAGUGAAAACAAUGGAGACGAGGGAGGAUACGUUGAAAGAAUACUCGGUCGAAAGGAAAUAUAGUCUAUCACGGCAAUUUAUGCGGCCCACCCUUGAAAAGCAAAUAUCAGACUUGAAGCUGAAAAUUAACCACCUUCAAGCCGGCAGGAAAGACGCAUGGAUUUUGAUUGGGGAGGCGUAUAUUCCCGGUGUCAUGCGAGGAGAGGUUCUGGAAAGAGGGGGUUCUGAAAUUUUUAGGAGGAUUGCCAUAGUAUGA